CUUUGUUUAAAGCUUUUGUCUUAAAAGUAGUCCAUGUACUUUAUUACCCGCAACUUUGCAAUCCACCUUCACCUCUGUAUUUUCUGACGACACAUCAUUCGUGGCCAAAACCCGGUCUAGCUGAGUAUACGGCCAAUUAUAUUCAUCAAUGAUGACUGCCAAUUUUCAACUUCCAUUCCAAUGUAUCCAAUAUCUGGAGAAACGGAAUGCGGGAUCCCAGCGGUUCCUUAUCGCAUCGUCCGGGGGCAAGAUCUACUCCUACUCUGCAGAGACCGGACACCGCCUCUCUUCUUGGCCACGAGAUGUAGAUGCAAGCAAUGCAAAUAAUUCCAAAGCAACCGAUGCAGAAAAUGGUUCAGAUGACCAAGUACCGCCAGAGAAGAAGCGAAAGGUUUCCCCAUCCGCGGAGGAAACAGUGCGAAAUUCCAAGUCGGCUGCUAAAGCCCCGGCUUGGUCUAGCAUUCCUAUUUUGGUUGCGCAUCCGAAUGGAGAUCAUGUAGUCGCACUCACUGCAGAAGACAAGUACAUUCGUGUCUUCCACUUGAAGGAAGAUGGCACUUUUGAACAACUCAGUGAAAGAUGUAUGCCAAAAAGGCCAUGCAGUAUUGUUCUGACCGACGAUGGCAACACAAUCCUGUGUGGUGAUAAAUUUGGAGAUGUUUACUCGCUACCACUUCUUCCCGGCGAUGAGCCUUAUGUUGCGCCAAAGCCUGCUAGUCGGCCGAAAGUACCCGCAGCAACAACCCUCACUGUGCACAGUAAGCGGAAUCUUGAAUCUUUGGAGCAACAAUUGCGCUACGGUCAAAAGACAACAUCUACUGAAGAGAAGCCCGCACUGAAUUUCCAGCAUCAAUUGCUUCUUGGCCAUGUGUCAUUGCUCACGGAUGUGGCUUAUGUGUCGGUACCCAAGGGUGUUGAUUCCGCUCAAAGUCGCAGUUACAUUCUGACAGCAGACCGAGAUGAACAUAUCCGGAUCUCUCGCUAUCCUCAGGCCCAUAUAAUUGAGGGCUACUGCCUGGGCCAUACUGCGUUUGUUAGUAAGCUCUGCAUUCCUCGGUGCGCUCCAGAAAUUCUCAUCUCCGGCGGAGGUGAUGAUUUCCUCCUGGUCUGGAAGUGGUCUGAGGGCCUUAUCCUACAGAAGAUUCCCCUAGUGGAGCAUCCAUCAGAAACUACUCAGGUUGUAGUUCGUGGGAUUUGGGCGACAUCUUUUGGUGCAUUGAACAUUAUUCUUGUUGCACUUGAUGGGUCCUCACAGCUCCAAUGCUUUGUGCUCGAAUCAGACGGUACCUUGAAAGCACAGAACCCUAUCGAAAUGUCUGGCAACGUAUUAGACGUGACCAGCAUUGAAAAGGAUAGCACGAUUGUUGUCUCUGUGGACAGCAUCCGUGAAGAGGGCUCAACCCACGAGUGGAGAUCCAAUGCAACAAGCCCCUCGAAUUUAAUUGAAACGUACCGUGUGAAGCCAGGGACAGAAAACUUGGAGUGGGAGCCAGUUACAGAUUCGCUUGCUACCAACAUUAGCUCUAGUGGCACCUCGGAUGUUCCAGCAGAUACCGAUCCAAAGCGAAGAAAGGAACUAAACGACGCAUUUUAUAGUUUGGGAAAUCUGCGCAAGAAGUUGGGGGAAGACGACUGAGGAUAAUUUAGUUUUUAACGCUAGUCAUAACUGAAAAGAAUGACCUGAGCUAUAAGUACUA